AUGCCAAAGCGUAAGCGAUCAGACACAGAAGAUUCUGGAAGAAGACGUCAGUUCCUAGGCAGGUAAUGACUAAAUAGAGUGGUAAAUAGAAGCAAAGUCAAAAAGGUAGAGCUUCUCUCUAUUGGAAAGCUGCAGCUAAAACCUGAAUGGAGCAGGAAAAAAGCCUUUUCUAUCUUUUAAAAAUGUUGAGAAAUCCAAUUUUUCCUAUUUAUUUUUAUUAAAAAAAUAUAGAAAAAAUCUGAUAGUAAAAAGUGGUUAAAAACCAAGCGCUUUAUAGCCCUAAAACCAGGCUGGUUUAACGCGGGCUAUAUUUUCCCUAAAGGCUACUCAGCCAAUCUAUUCUAUAAAGACAUUAUUAACACAGAUCAAAAAGUCUCUUAUAAUUGUCAGAUUGUCAAAAUAAAUUGAAUGGUUUUCGGUUUGAGAGAAAUUAGCUCUGCUGAUUUUGUCUACCUCAUGGAAUUUUAUGGAAUUCGAUUUUCUCUCGAGAACUUCUGCGCAGCGGUGGCAGUUUAACUUUGGGGAUAGCCAGAGGAACUGCUCCACAGUGCACAUAAAAAAAUUUAGAGUUUUAACUCUCAGCAUAUCCGAGAAGGGUGUCCUAGGCGGAACGCGCGCAGGAACUGAGCUAGGCAAGUGCGACGGCACCGCAUCGGGUGUGAAACGCUGACUAGGGUAGCAAGCAGUUUAUUUAAGAUGGUCCGACUUUUGGAUCAGAAAUGCUCGUGACAUUACCAUUUUGGCUCUGUCUCUUUAGUGGAAGUGCUGCAUUAGAAACCUAAAAGCUUUAAUUAAUGCAAUGUAAUAUCAGAUCGUCGAUAACGGAGGAAAACCACUAUUUAAGGUCACUUCUAGCAGCCUACAAGAGACCUUCUCUGGCAAGUCCCCAACAGCUUGUUGAAAGCAAAUUUUAGACCGAAUCAAUGAAACUCUUAAGUCCAAAAAAUUGCCUGUCGUCAAAACCCAAGUGGCUGGACCUGAAUAUUUUGGCUUAAAUGACCCUUUUAUUGUGGAGGCUAUUGAAAAAUUAGACGGAAAUAAAAAAUGUGAAGUUUAUUGGACAGAAAAAGAAAAAAUUUUAAAAGCGAGAGAAGAGUAUGAGAUGGAAGGAAAAAAUUCAGAGAAAAAGCCAAGGAAAAAGAAGAAAAUUGAGGAUGAAGAACUGGAUUUGAGCAGCGAAAUGACAUUUAGGGAAGCUUAUGGAGGAACAUGGUCAGCUAUUACAAGGGAUGAACGGCAUAAAAAGAGGUUAGUUAAUAUGGGGAAAGAGCCUGUUAUAGAAAAUGAUGAUAAUCCUAUACCAGACUAUGAAGAUCCGAUUACAUUGCAGCCUAUUGUGGUGCCUGCUUUGUCGCCUUAUGGCCAUGUUGCUGGAUAUUACUCAUGGACUCAGUCACUUAAUCUUUUUAUCUUAAUUUUUCUGCAAUUUAUAAUUAAUUUUAAAUAUGUGUAAUUUUUUUUUUAAUAUACCCAAGAUUUAGAGAAACAAAUGGACUUUGCCCAUUCACAAAAUUGCCACUGACAAUUGAAAGAAUUAUCAAGCUGAACAAGCGAAAUUUCCAUCUUUAUAAGGACUAUGUGGAUCUUAAUAAUUAA